AUGCUGCAACCCAUUGCCGCUACGAUCGUGACGCUUCUUGCUGCAGGUUUAGCAACCGAGGGCAGACUGUGGCACUGGGUGCCUGCCAGCUAUGCGAAGCUAGAGGAGACAGAGCGUAAGAUCCUCACACGCGCGAUAUCAACACCAUUUGAGAUGAAAAAGGUCGCCCAAUUGGGUACUCUGGUCGUACCGUGCUCGGACGAAAGCAAACGUCAAAACGCCGGAAACCUCGUGUUGAUCCACGGCUUUGCCGGUGGUAAUGCCGUCUGGGCAUUGAAUCUGGAGAAAUUGUCCGAGUAUUUUAAUGUGUAUGCGGUGGAGUGGAUUGGCGCUGGUCGCUCGGAUCGACCGGACUUUAACUUUAAAGAUUACGACAGCGCUGAUGGGUUCAUCAUGGACUCUUUCGAGAAGUGGCAGCAGGAAAUCAAACUCGAGCACUUCGACCUGUGCGCUCAUUCGAUGGGGGCGAUCUUCGCAUCGUCGUACGCUUUGAAGCACCCGGAACAUGUCAAUCACUUGGUAUUGGCAUCUCCAGCCGGCGUUCCGCUUCCACCACCGCCCAUCGACCAAACGACGAAAGAAGGCAAAGCCGUGAACAGCUCGUGGCUGAGACGCGUAUUCAUUGCAGCAUGGGAAAACGGUAUAACGCCCAUGUCUCUAGCUCGGUUUGUCGGACCGUGCGGACCGAAACUUGUCCAGUACGUAGUGAACCGUCGAACCACAUUCAUGGUGGAGGGGAGCGCCAUGCGCGAUGGUCGCGUUGAUCUCGAUGAAUUUGGGGAGUACAUGUACCACAACUGGGCACUAAAGCCGAGUGGAGAGCGUGCCCUGACCACGCAUCUCACUCCAGGCGCACACGCUGUCAGGCCUCUCGUGGCAAGGUUGCUUCCUGAAAGCGUGAAGAUGCCGCUCACGUUUAUCUAUGGCGAGUACGACUGGAUGGACUAUCGCAACGGAUUGGCCAUUGUCGAGCGAUUCAAGGACAACGGGCGUGCAGCUGACCUAUACCGUGUGCCGAACGGAGGACACCAAAUGUUCAUGGAGAAUCCAGAAUACUUCAGCCGUAUUUUGAUCGAAUGUCUGACAGAGUAG